AUGGCUACAGGCUGUGAAGACUCGGAUGUGACCUUGCAGGUGUUGCGACUUCCUGCCCCGUGGUUUGAGACAGCACUUACGCCUGAGAUGUAUUAUUAUGACCCUCGCCCGGACGACGACAUGCCGGAUGACGAUGCCACCAUCAUUGACUCUUCUUUGCACAGCAGCUCCAGUCAAUCAUCUAUGGCCACCGAUUGUUCUUGCUGCUCUGACGGGUUUGCGAUUGAGUUUGACCUUGUGAGCACGCUGACAGAUGCUUUCACUGACAUGGGGGAGCGAGCCAACCAGCUGGCAUACACCUGUCUGCAUACAGGGUUCGUGACCUUUAGUCAAUUACAGCAGCUAUGCCUUCUUCUACCAGUCGAUGCGAAGCCACGCAAACACAUGGUGGAUAGCAGUCACUCCUACUCGCGCUGCCAGGAGUCCCGGUGCUUUACAACAGGUGCCUACAUCUUCGGUGGCGAAGCGGGGCCCUUUACAACUGUCACACUCUCGCUGAAUCAGCAGUCUGGGGUACAUGUGGAUGCACACAACAGCCGGACUUUUCAAAAUAUUGUGAUUCCGGCCGGCUAUUGGGACGCUGGCGAACUUUGGGUCUCCAGUGACCGUGGCUGCAUCACAUUCCCAGGUACCGAGCUGCUAGGCGAUGUUGUGCCAGUAAGACACCCUUUUACCUUGCUGGAUGCAACGCAGCCGCAUGCAGUGUUUGACUGGACGGGAGAGCGGACGGUCGUCAUUGGUUUUCACAUUCGAGAUGCAUGGAGACUUCAACCGGAUGAUCUCGCCAUGCUUGCUGAUGCUGGCUUCCAUGUUCGGACCUGUGAGCGAGUGACUGACCCAUACAUGUCGGUCAUCGAGGUACAGUGA